UAUAUUAAAUUGAUAUACGUAUAACACGUGUUUGUAUAAAUAUGUCUCUUACUUAUCAUAAAUAAUUAGUAAAUACUUUUAAUUUAUUAAACACAUAAAUUGAUGUAGUUUGAAUUAAACAGUCGAUACGAUAAUUUUUUUCCUAAGAAAAGAGGGUAGCAAGAAAGUAAUUUUUUACGAAGUAUUCCAACGUUUCUAGUCUUUUAGUUUUCUAAUUUAUUUUCUAGUCAUCUUUUUAUAUUAUAUGAUGUAUUUAUUCUUUAGGUGUAAUCUUUUUUACUAUUUGUAGAAAUUACUUAACUAUAUAGAGAAAAUGGGAAUUUUAUAGCAACGACAAAAUAAUUUUACGUGUGACAAUAUAAAAGUCAUGAGUUCGAAUUAUGAAAAUCGUCAUUAAUGCUUUGCAUACAAUAGAUUGUCUACGUGACAAUGCAUCGCAUACAACCAUUUCCCGAGCCUUUUAUACAAAUACGAAAUGCUUUGUUUAUCGAACUAUACAUCAAACUAGACCAAGGUGCAGUCACUAUCGAAAGACACUUGAAAUCUAUAAGUUUUACAGCAAGUGUAUAGAGCAUUUUAGCUUAAGCACUAAAAUAAAUUCACAAGAAAUAAUCAUUAUAAGUUUUACUUGUAAUUUCACUAUAGAGAUUAUCCUUUGGAUAGGAAAAUUUACAUAAAAAGAUGGCUUCUUGCAUACUAUUUUACAUGAUAUUUAAACUUACUAUAAUUUAUAUUUACACAUAAUAUAAAUAUAUAGAUUUAACCUGGUCUCAACUGAUAAUAAAAAUAUUUCAAUUUUGAGUAUGCACAUCAAUUGGACAGUAUUUCAACUUACAAAAUGAUCAUCGAGAUAUCAAUAAUGUUUUUUGACACGUCAGCGUCAAAUGUCCACGAAACACAAUAUUAAUAAAUUUCAUAGUAAUCGAGACCAAGUUGAGAUGUCUACAUGCUGGUUCACAAAUAUAACUAUCUUAAUCAUCAAAACAACAAGAAGAUAAUAGUACUAUUAAACCUAAUUCUAAAUGUAUAAAAAGGUAAUUAUUCUCCAACACUUAAGUAUCCAACUCACAAGUCCAUCACCUUUUUGCCUUACACCCAAAAUCCUUCACACAAAACACACUCACUUGCAAGUUCAUCAAUAACUGGUUUCAAUUUUCAUCUCUAUUCCACAAAAUUUUCCCUUUCCAUAAAUGGCUUCCUUAAUCCAUUUCAAUAAUCUUAACCCUAAUUUCCAAGAACCUUACCCUAAUUAUACUCAAGCAAAUCUUUUAUAUAUAUUUAUAAAUGACAACUACUACUUAUGGUGGAAAGAACAUUAUUAUCGGGGGCAGUAACAACUCUAGAACUGCCCCCAAUAAUAAAUCUUAUUCAGGGCGUCACCCCGUUUACCGAGGAAUAAGGAGAAGAAAAAGUAGUGGAAAAUGGGUGUCAGAAAUUCGCGAGCCAAAAUCCCCUAAUAGGAUUUGGCUCGGGACGUUUCCGACACCCGAAAUGGCCGCCAUCGCGUAUGACGUGGCAGCCAUAGCCCUAAAAGGUCCCGAGGCGGAUCUUAACUUCCCGAACUCGGCUGCCUCUUUUCCUGUUCCUGCCACGAGCUCUGCUCGUGACAUCCAGACAGCUGCAGCCAGGGCGGCUGCAGCUAUUGGGGCAGCCGGGGACGCGUUGUUAGCCGCGGCUGCGGUGCAUAGGGAGGUAGUAAUUAAUGAAAAGGGUAAACUGGAGAAUGUGGAAAUUCAAAAUUUUGAGUUUAUGGAUGAGGAUUUGAUAUUUGAUAUGCCAAAUGUUCUUGUUAAUAUGGCUGAAGGGAUGUUACUUAGUCCACCAAGGUUUUAUAUGCAUGAUGAUGAUGAUCAAACUACUAUUACCUACCAAAACUUGUGGAAUUAUACCUAAUAAUUUGCUAUUUCUACAAGCAACAUGAGUUUAACAUAAUGUUGAACUUAGAUAAGUAAAAUAUAUAUGUAAAUUAUAAUUAUGUGUGUGUUAAUUUCAAUGUUCUUUUAUUGCUUGUAAAGGGUUUUGGUUCAAAGGAAGCAACUACUUGUGUUU